GCUGUGUACGCCGUACUUGACCUCCAUGGAAGUGUCACCGCAGUCUCUACCGUCAGCUCCUCUGUACUAGAAGAAUGUGACGUCACCAAACCACCCUCUGUGACAUCGGAAAGCGAGGAAGAGGAGGAAGCAGAGCAAGCUGUAAGUUGGACUGAGAUUUAUCUCAGAUGGUUCCCCUGCAAGGCAGACCGAGGGUGCUGAGUCUGUCUCUCCCCCCGCAGGGUGACACAGUGACACAGACAGGGGGCGCUAUGGAUCUGUCCCUCCACCUACAGGGUGACACAGUGACACAGACAGGGGGCACUAUGAGUCUGUCCCUCCCCCCGCAGGGUGACACAGUGACACAGACAGGGGGCUAUGAGUCUGUCCCUCCUCCUGCAGGGUGACACAGUGACACAGACAAGGGGUGCUAUGUCUGUCCCUCCCCCUGCAUGGUGACACAGUGACAGGGGUGCUAUGUCUGUCCCUCCCCCUGCAGGGUGACACAGACUGGAUGCUAGGGAUCUGUCCCUCCACCUACAGGGUGACACAGUGACACAGACAGGGGUCGCUAUGUGUCUGUCCCUCCACCUGCAGGGUGACACAGUAACAGACAGGGGGCGCUGUGAGAUUGUCCCUCCCCCCGUAGGGUGACACAGUGACACAGACAAGGGGUGCUAUGUCUGUCCCUCCCUCUGCAGGGUGACACAGUGACACAGACAGGGGGCGCUGAGUCUAUCUCUCCUCCCCCCCCGCAGGGUGACACAUACAAGGGGUGCUAUGUCUGUCCCUCCCCCCACAGGGUGACACAAUGACAAACAGGGGCCGCUGUGUGUCUGUCGCAAUGACUGAAUCUGAUUUUAUUUUUCCCCCAGGUUGACCUUCAGCCUCAUUUCCAGCCUCAGACUUUGCACUUUAUGGAUAACCACGGGAAGAACAUUCUCCUUUUACACGGAAAUCGCACAGCUACACGGGUUUCCAGCUACAACCAAGGAAUUGUGGUUCUGGCUCAGCCACUGCCUCGCCUUUUCCUUUUCCAGGUACAUUUAAUGAUGUAA